UAUUUAAGAUUUGAUUUCAAUUUGGCGCUUAUUUUGUGAUAUUUUCUAAUAGUUUUAAUAAAAGUUGUUGCCUUUUAAGUGUAGUGGGAGUAGCUAAGAUGGCUCACGACCGAACGAGGUAUAUAAUUAUUAUCUAUGGCUUUGGGGAAAAAUGAAGACCUAUCUUUACAAAAGGCUACGAUUGAUGCCAAUCUUGCUACGUUAGAACCCAUUGCUAUAAAUACCGUCGAUCAGGGAAGUAACUCUUCAGACUACGUGUUGCAGGAAUUACAGCCUAUAUCCCAUUAUUUAUCAGCAGAAAAUUUUAAUCAAGAUUUUCUUAAGAUUGAGGCAUCCUGCUCUAUUUCAAGGUUUCAAGUUGGCUAGAAACUAUUAAUAUUGACGACGUUAUUAUUGAUUCUUUUGACACUAAUUCACCUUUACAAAUGGUGGCGAUCAAGCAAGUCACAAAGAGUCUAUAAAUUCAGAAGAUGAUACUGAUGAACAUGAGGAGGUCGAGGAGUUGUGUUUAGCUCAACUUGCUAAGAAAUUAAAAGUAUUACCGCAUUUAGUCAGACAGAUGUAGACCCAGAAGAAAACAUGAAAAAAAAAGAAAAGUCUGCAUUGACUUCUAUUAUAAGCGGAGAGACAAGGCGCAAAAUAAACUGUGAAUUUUGGAAAGUUUCAAAAAGGAGCAGAAAAUGUUUCAUUCUAAAUAGCUGUAAGCGAUUAACAGUAAAACGAAGAACGGGAGAAUAUGUUGCAAGAAAAAAUAACACGUUUAAGUCUUAUCUAGAUAAUGAGCAAGGUGAGCCUGUAAAUGUAUGCAAAACCUUUUAUUUAACUACAUUGGGAUAUAAACCUAAUAAUGACCGCGUAUUACAUGACACAUUAUCAAAGACACCUAAAGGACAGUUUACUCCUCUUCAACAUGGACGCAUAGGACAACGCUCGAUGAAAAAAAUAGAUGACGCAGAUAUUAAUGCUCAUAUUGAGCCUUUCACCCAGAGGUUUCCCAUUAUCGCAGAGAACAUGCACCGAAUACUCGAUACCUUGGUAGUGAUGUGUCAAUCGCCCUCAUGCAUAAAGAUUUUCAGGAAAAGUUUCCUGCUAUAAAUGUUUCAUAUGAGACUUACAGACAAAAAGUUAAAGCCAAAAAUAUCUCGUUCACCAAGCUUGGACACGAAGAAUGCGAUAUAUGUGAAUCGUUUAAACUUCAUGGACAUACCAAAGAAAACCUCCAAGAAUCAUUUAAGAAAUACCUUUUCUGGAAAAAUCAUAUUAAUCGUGCCAAAGAAUUGCGCGAAUUUUAUAGGGAACAAUCUGAAACUACCUUUAAUUCUAAAACACAAUGCGUUUCUUGCGAUCUACAAAAAGUCACCAUGCUUCCCAGAAUGGAUAUGUUUAAAAAGGUUAUUUUUUUUGGAAAGGUUAAUAGCGUUUAAUGAAACCUUUGUCCCCCUGGGCAAGCACCCGAAAAAUAAUAAGCCGUUUGCCGUUGUCUGGCAUGAAGGAAUUAGUAAACGUUUCAAAAAAGAUAUUAUUAGUACCUUUCACGCCUUUUUAAAGUUUAAUAGAGACGCCAAUAACAUAAUAAUAUGGAUGGACAAUUGUGCCAGUCAGAAUAAAAACUGGACAUUGCUUACUUUCUUAGUUAAAAUGAUAAAAUCUAACGAAAUACAAGCCAACAAAAUAACUUUUAACUACUUUGAACCGGGACAUACUUUUAUGUCCGCUGAUAGUUUUCAUCACCAAAUCGAACUAUCUAUGAAGAGGAAACAAAAAAUCUAUGAUUUCAGCGACUUUCUUGAUGCAGUUGGUAGCAGUUGCAAGGGCAAUGUGGAUGUAAAAGCGAUGAAUUUUAAUGACUUUUAUGUUUGGAAGAAUAUGACAUCACAAACUAAGUUAAAAAAAUAUUUAGAAAACCGACCAUACCUUUCAGAUAUGGUUCAGGUUGUGGCUGAGCACGGCCAGUACACUUUAAAAUAUAAAAAAAGUUUUACCGGAGAGUUUUAUGUUUUGGAUUUCCUAAUGAAUAAAGCUAUGAAAAAAAAACAACUUCAUAAUUAAGCCUACGCCAUCUUUACAACAACCCAGAGGAUUUCCAAAAGAAAAACGAGAUAACAUUCUCAAGCAAUUAGGUACUAUGUUCCCAGAUAAUAGAAAACUGUCUUGGGAAAAUUUGCCUGACAUAAAAAAUGAUGACGGUAGCGAUGAGGAAAAAAAAAAAAGAUGUGUUUUUAAUAAUAAGCUUUAUUAGUUAAAGUGUUUUUUUUUGUAGAAUGUGUCCAUGAUAAGAACGAACUGCUUUCUGAUCCAGAAGAAGCGAUUUCUCAGAAACGAAACGUCGGAUAUAAUUUUUUUUUGUUAAAGUUAUAAUCGGACGUUACGUCUCUGAGGAAUGGCUUUAUCCAUAUCAGAAAGCAGUUUAUUCUUAUCUCUGAACACACUGUAUAUCAU